AUGGAAAUUGAGCGGAAAUUGACUUACAUUCUCGAAGACGACGGUUUCGACAUCUUUCAGUUCUGGCCAAAACAAUCGAUGCCAGCAAAUAUUCUGAUCGAUAUGAAAAUGCUCAAUGUCUUGCGGAAAAUGAAGUCAAAAUAUUCAGCUGUGCUAAAGAAGCUCGACAUUGAUAAUGAGUCUGUAUUGCAUCACGCAGCUCUGAACAAAGAUAGUGAUGCACUCAACAUCCUCGUGGUACUUUUUCCGGAGCUCUGCUCUGUGAAAAACAGCAUGAAUAAGUAUCCGAUCGAUCUUCUGCGACCGGAAGACCAAGAACUCCUCCAAGUUCGAACAAGCAACGCUCUGAUUCGCGGAAAGAUGAACAGCGAACAGAAACAACGCGGUACGAAUGAAAUUGCCGAGAGGGAACAAGUAAAUGCUCCCGAAGAACAACAAAACGCGGCCGAGAGGGAACAAGAUAAUGCUCCCGAAGAACAACAAAACGCGGCCGAGAGGGAACAAGAUAAUGCUCCCGAAGAACAACAGAACGCGGCCGAGGAGGAACAAAAUGCGCAGGAAAGAAGAAUUAUCGCCGAAGUGAGACGCGCAGAAGCCCCCGAAACGCCAUACUUCGGUGAUGAUAAACAAAUUGAUUUGGAUGGAAAUCAAGAAGAAAUCAACAACGCAGCACUCUUGAGUGCGAUCACAGAAGUUGACGAAGACGAGGAAGAAAAUAAGUAA